CUCUGUCUGUUCAUUGCGAUAGAGGCAAGAAUCAAGUCCAGUCCAGUCAGUUUCCAGGGCUAGCACUGAGCAUUAAGCUAGCUCUGGGCGCUGGAGGAGUUGGUUUAGUAUCGCGCCGACACCACUUGUUUCCACGAUGAGACUUAAAGUCGGGUUUAUCCUUCGCAGUUUGUUGGUAAUCGGCACGUUUUUGGGGCUGGUGCUGCUCUGGUCCUCUCUGUCCCCCAAACCGGGCGAUGAAACCCCUUUCGGCAGACACGAACCCCGAGACGCCCCGAAUCCCGUCCCGAAUCUUCCUAAUGACGUGGAAGAUAAGUUCAAAGCCGUGGUGCCUUGGCCUCAUGUGGAAGGCGUGGAGGUGGACCUAGAGGCCAUCAGGCAGAAAAAUGGAGGAGACAAUCUAAACCCGAAGUUCAAAGCCCAGGACCAGCAGAACAUCAUCCGGAAGCAGUACGUCACGUUCAAACCCCACACGAAUGUCUACUCGGAUCCGGUCCUGCGGAGAGGCUCCUUGGGCAACUUCGAGCCCAAAGAACCAGAACCUCCAGGGGUCCCCGGGGGGCCAGGAGAGGGGAGCAAGCCGUUUGUUCUGGGACCCGAGUAUAAAGAUUCGGUGCAGACCAGCAUCAAGGAGUUCGGGUUCAACAUGGUGGCCAGCGACAUGAUCUCACUGGACAGAAGCAUCGGUGACUUACGGCACGAAGAGUGUAAGUAUUGGCACUACGAUGAGAACCUGUUGACGUCGAGCGUGGUGAUCGUCUUCCAUAACGAGGGCUGGUCCACUCUGAUGCGGACGGUGCACAGCGUCAUCAAGAGGACGCCCCCCAGAUACCUCGCCGAGAUCGUGAUGAUCGACGACUUCAGCAACAAAGUUCACCUGAAGGAGAAGUUGGAGGAAUACAUUAAGCAGUGGAACGGUUUGGUCAAGCUUUUCCGCAACGAGAAGAGAGAAGGGCUGAUCCAGGCUAGGAGUAUAGGAGCACGCAAAGCCACUCUGGGACAGGUUUUAAUCUACCUGGAUGCUCAUUGUGAAGUGGGGAUAAACUGGUACGCUCCACUGGUGGCCCCCAUAUCCAAAGACCGAACGGUUUGCACGGUGCCUCUGAUAGAUUACAUAGACGGCAAUGAUUAUACGAUAGAGCCUCAGCAGGGAGGUGACGAGGACGGCCUGGCUCGAGGAGCCUGGGACUGGAGUCUGCUCUGGAAGAGAGUUCCACUCAGCAGCAGGGAGAAGAAGAAGAGAAAGCAAAAGACUGAGCCUUAUCGGUCUCCUGCGAUGGCUGGUGGGCUGUUUGCUAUCGAGCGAGAGUUCUUCUUCGAGCUGGGCCUCUAUGACCCCGGUCUCCAGAUCUGGGGUGGAGAGAAUUUCGAGAUAUCUUACAAGAUCUGGCAGUGUGGAGGACAGCUUCUGUUCACUCCUUGCUCCCGUGUGGGACACAUCUACCGUCUGAAGGGGUGGGCCGGAAACCCGCCCCCUGCUCAUGUAGGCUCCUCCCCCACGCUUAAGAACUACGUGCGGGUGGUGGAGGUAUGGUGGGACGAGUAUAAGGAUUAUUUCUACGCCAGCCGACCCGAGACCCUUACCCUGGCUUACGGAGAUAUCAGCCCCCUAAAGAAGUUCAGAGAAGAGCAUCGCUGCAAGAGCUUCAAGUGGUUCAUGGAGGAGAUCGCCUACGACAUCCCCAUCCACUACCCACUGCCUCCCAAAAACGUGGAGUGGGGCGAGAUCCGUGGAUAUGAGACAAGUUACUGCAUCGACAGCAUGGGACACACCAACGGGGGGAAUGUGGAGAUCGGACCGUGCCACAGGAUGGGCGGGAAUCAGCUCUUCCGCAUUAAUGAAGCCAAUCAGCUGAUGCAGUACGACCAGUGCCUGACGAAGGGCACGGACAACAGCGUCAUCAUCACACACUGCAACCUGAAGGAGUUCACCGAGUGGAAAUACUUUAAGGACCUGCACCGGUUCACGCACAUACCCACAGGAAAAUGCUUAGACCGCUCGGACGUUCUGCACACAGUCUUCCUCUCCGACUGCGAUAACAGCAAGAGCACGCAGAAAUGGGAGAUGAACAACAUCAUGGCGGUGUAAAGCCGACGCCAAGGCCGACGUUGCACAAACAGAACUCAAACCUCACCCAGCUUCUCCUGCACCAGGGGUCGGGAGUGUAAAUACAGCUGACUGAAAAAAAAAAAGAAAUUUCAUAUUUUUACGUCAUCUCCAGUAACGAGGCCAUGUCACGAUAUCGCCAUCUUUAUUUUUAUAUGUAGAUGUUUUACUCCAUGGUGGAUGAUGUUUACAGGUGUUUAAUCUUCAGUGUUGUAGGAAGACGCACAUGUGUGAAGAUGAGCGAUCUAAUACCACUGAUUUUAACUCUUCACGGCUCGCCUCUUGACUUCCCUCCUAGUGGGAGGUUUUUUUAACACGACACUGGGAUUUAUUUUUCUUCUUCUUUCAGAAAACUUGUCACUCCAAUAUUCUGCUUUUUUUUUUUUUUUUUUUUUUUAGCACAAUUUUAAAUUUGACAAGCUGCUUUCUUUUCUUUCAUUUUAAGGGGGAUUUUGGGAUGAUGAAUAUAACCUGGAAAGGGCUUACGAGGCAGAGGGUAAUCAUGGAAAUAAGAGGAUAUAUUUAUUAUUAUUUUUUAUCACGCUAUGUUGAUGUCUGCUUUGAAUCAGGAAUGUUUAAUGCUAUUUAUGUACGUGAAAUCUUUCUGAUUUAAACUUGAGGAGAAUCACUGGAUGAGCACUGUCGAUGGUGAAAGGCAUGGCGUCAGCUAAACAAAAAAAGAAAAACACCGUGUAUGCUAUUUUUUUGUACAAUGUAAAUACGAGCGUUUCUAAAUUAACAUUUUGAGAUGCAGUGAGCCUCGGAAUGAAGGUGUAAAUAUCUAACUUGUUAAAUUAUCACCACUGUUUUCUCAAAAGAAUAAAUUGAGCGUUUUUACCA